AUGCCUCCCAAACUCACAAAUCCUACCCCCAAAGACAUAGAGGACACUCUCCAAGCCACAAACCAGCGGAUUGAAAACCUUAUAUCUACCCAUGAAAACCUUGAAUCCUCCAUGGAAGCUAAUAAUCAAGCUGUAGCAUUACAGCUAGGCCAGAUCCACAACAACCACACAACGUUAGAAACAACUAUGAACAACAAUUUUGCUGCACUUACAACCCUCAUGACUCAACAAUUUGCUGCUAUGAAUGCAACUGCUGCUGUCUCUAGAUCUAACCCUACCUCACCACACACAUCUACAACCAGAUCUACACAUAUUCCCACCACUACCCUUACAGCUACACCUAUAUCUACCCCUCUAGCAGCCACACGCCCUAAUUUAAGUAACCCUAUACCCUCUUCCCCCCAAAUCCACUCCACCCUCAUCUCAACCCAACUUUACUCACCACCACCACCACCUCCACCACCCUUCACCCUCCCUUUCUCUACCCUCCACUCUUCAAAUUCUGCAUUUUCCCCUUAUUCAACCAGCUUCACAAACCCAUUUCCACCUAAUUAUAUCCAGCCACCUCAAAUUUUAACACAACCCCAAACCCUCCUUCACACCUCUUUUCCCCAAACCAGCAACAUCCCACAGCCCUCCCUUUUUGCCACAUACCCAUAUCCCAACAUUCCACCUCAUCAAAGCCAAUACACAAACCCCCCACCACCAAAUUCAGGUUUUAGACAUCCAAAAAUUGAAUUGAGUUAUUUUGAUGGUACAGAUGCAUUGGAGUGGCUUUUUCAAGCUGAACAAUUCUUUGCUUUCUAUAGCAUCCCUUAUGAAAAUCGUUUGCCCAUGGCAGCUUUUUAUAUGAAAGGAGAUGCUCUUGGUUGGUAUAAAUGGAUGUUUCAAAGUAAUGAACUUACUACGUGGGAAGCUUUUUCAAAAGCUUUGGAAUUACGUUUUGGUCCUUCGACGUAUGAAAACCAUCAAGCCCAAUUAUUUAAACUUAGACAGCAUGGUUCAGUUACUGAAUACCAAGCCAGCUUUGAGAAACUAGGAAACCGUGUGGUUGGAUUACCCCCAGAUGCAAUAUUAAAUUGUUUUAUUUCUGGUUUGAUUCCGGAAAUCCGUAAUGAAUUAGCCGUACAGCGCCCACAUUCUAUUACCCAUGCUAUUGGCUUAGCAAAACUUAUUGAGGCAAAGCUAAAAGAUUCCAAACCCAGGUUCAAAAGCCCAAGCUACUCAGCACCUACCCAAUCCACCUACCCAAAGCAACCUUAUAACCAAUCACCUACAGCAGCUGUCCCUAAACCCCUUACUGUUUCUCAGCCACCCACUAACAUGGGCCGCUUCCCAAUACGUCGAAUUACUCCUGCACAGCAGGAUGAACGUCGUGCCAAGGGAUUAUGUUUUAAUUGCGAUGAAAAGUUCAUUCCAGGUCAUCGAUGUACAAAUGGUAAAUUCUUGUUACUCAUGAUUGAUGAUGAUGUUUCUCCUACUGCCAAUGAGAAUCCUGUUGAGAUCACUCAGCCUACAGAAGUGGAAUGUGACAACUCAGAAUUAGAGGAGACUUAUUUCCAACUGUCCCCACAAGCUGCAUGUGGUCAAUUUUCACCUAAGACAUUAAAAUUCAAGGAUUUAAUUGAUGGGUUAGUUGUAACAGUUCUAAUAGACACAGGAAGCACUCAUAACAUUCUGCAACCCAGGAUUGCUACCCACCUCAAAAUACCAAACACUCCAAUUCCAAAUUUUUCUGUCAUGGUGGGAAAUGGCUCUAAGUUAGAAUGUUCCGGUUUGUGCUCAAAGGUUCCAAUAACACUCCAAGAUCACUUAUUUUUUAUACCUUUUUACUUGAUUCCAAUUGAAGGAGCUGAUGUAGUAUUGGGAAUGGAAUGGUUACGCACACUUGGCCCAAUCGUUGCAGAUUUCUCCAUUCCCGAAAUAUCAUUCACUUAUGAAGAUAAAAAUCUUACUAUUCAAGGUGACACAAAUCAGACUCCAACACCCUCCACUUUCACCCAACUCUGUCACCUUUUGCACACUGAUUCUGUUGCUUCCAUGCACCUCCUAAUUUACCAACCAACCAAUGACUCAACCAUUAUUAACCCAAACUCAUAUCCAGCAAACCUACCCAACAACACACAACCAGAAAUAGCUAAUCUCAUCAAAUCCUACCCAACAGUUUUCCAGCCCCCUCAUGGUUUACCUCCUAGCCGCCCACAUGACCACCACAUCCCUCUAAACCCCAAUACUGCUCCAAUCAACGUUCGCCCCUAUCGCUAUCCACACUCCCAAAAGGAAGCAAUGACUACCCUAAUUCAUGAAAUGCUUGCUGAAGGCAUUAUCAAACCUAGCACUAGCCCUUUUUCCUCACCCGUGCUCUUAGUUCGCAAAAAAGAUGGCUCAUGGCGUUUUUGCGUUGAUUAUCGUGCCCUAAAUGCAGCAACUAUCCGCGACCGAUUUCCCAUACCCACAAUCGAUGAACUAUUUGAUGAGUUGGGUUCUGCUACUUUGUUUACAAAGAUUGACCUAAGGUCAGGCUACCAUCAAAUUAGGGUUGUACCUGAAGACACUCAUAAGACGGCAUUUAGAACCUUUGAUGGGCACUACGAGUUUUUGGUGAUGCCAUUUGGCCUAACUAAUGCUCCUAGUACUUUUCAAUCGGCGAUGAAUGACCUCUUACGACCUUAUUUGAGACGGUUUGUUCUUGUUUUCUUUUAUGAUAUCUUAAUUUACAGCAAUUCCUAUUCUGAUCAUUUACUUCAUUUAACUUUGAUUUUAGACCUACUUGCUUCAAAUAAGUUUGUUGCAAAACUUUCUAAGUGUGUUUUUGCAGUUCCUAAGGUCGAUUAUCUAGGUCACGUCAUUUCUUUUAAUGGAGUUACCCCUGAUCCUGACAAAAUACAAGCAAUUUUAGAAUGGCCAGCGCCACGUUCACUCACGCAACUUAGGGGAUUUUUGGGCCUCACCGGUUUUUACAGACGUUUUGUCCGCCACUACGCCACACUCGCCGCUCCUCUCACCGAUUUAUUGCGUUUCACUAAGUUUACAUGGAGUACAGAAGCUGAGAGUGCUUUUACAAAUUUAAAAAAAAUCAUGACGGAAACCCCAGUUUUAGCUCUUCCAGACUUCAGCAAGACGUUUGUUGUAGAAACUGAUGCAUCUGCGGUUGCCAUUGGUGCUGUUCUCUCACAAUCUGGUCACCCCUUGGCAUUCUUCAGCAAGAAAAUGUGUCAACGGUUACAGGCAGCUUCUGUCUACGUUAGGGAAAUGUACGCAAUAUAUGAGGCAGUCAAAAAAUGGCGCCAGUACCUGGUAGGAAGACAUUUUCAUAUUUUUACAGAUCAGAAAAGUCUCGAGAAUCUUUUAGUACAAACAAUCCAAACCCCAGAACAAAAAAAAUGGGCGGCAAAACUACAAGGUUUCAGUUUCGAAAUAUUUUACAAACCUGGCAAAACCAACAGUGUAGCUGAUGCCUUGAGUAGACGCCAUACAGAGGAGCAUGCCUUCAUGUUUGCAAUCUCAUCCACAGUUCCAAUCUUCAUCUCCCAACUCCAACAAUACUAUGCAAACAACAUGAAAGGAAAGGACCUGAUUAAAAAGUACCAAAAUGACAAAAAGAUGCAGUCACUCUUUCAAUACAGACAGGGUCUACUUUAUUUUAAAGAUCGCAUAUUUUUACCUGACGAUCUGGAAUUUAGAGCAUCGAUUCUCAAAGAGUGUCACAGUACUCCAUCUGCAGGGCAUUCAGGUUUGAAACCAACUCUGUCUCGCAUUUCAGCUACCUUUCUGUGGCCGGGCCUACACAAAGAUGUCAAGAGCUUUGUGCGCUGUUGCUCCUCUUGCCAACAGAACAAAUACCUGACAUCAAAGAAACAAGGGUUAAUACAACCUUUAGAAAUACCAAAACAGGUUUGGGAAGACUUAUCCAUGGAUUUCAUCACCCACCUCCCCAAGUCUUUCGGCCACUCUGUUAUUUGGGUUAUUUGUGACAGACUUUCAAAGUUUGCACACUUCGUUGCCUUACCAUCCAAGUUCUCGGCCAUUGAUUUAGCAAGGCGGUUUUCCGUUGAGAUCUGUAGACUGCACGGGAUUCCGAAAACGAUCGUGUCCGACAAAGAUCCAAUAUUCUUGAGCACUUUCUGGAAGGAGCUUUUUCGAGUGCAAGGAACAACCCUAAAAUACAGUACAGCGUAUCAUCCUGAGACGGACGGCCAAACAGAGGUUUUAAAUAGAUGUUUAGAAACAUACCUGCGGUGUUUUACAAGUGAUAAUCCCAGACAGUGGUUCAAAUAUCUGCACUUGGCCGAGUUUUGGCAUAACUCUUGUUUCCACUCCGCAAUCAAAAUGACGCCUUUUGAAGCCCUGUAUGGUCGACCACCACCAGCCAUUAAGGAUUAUGUAAAAGGGUUUUCCACCGUGCCGUUACUUGAUUCAACACUGCAUCAAAGACAAACCAUCCUCAAUACACUAAAAAUAAAUUUGAACCGCAGUCAAAAAAUUAUGCAAGAUCAGGCAAACAAAAAACGUAGAGACUGUACCUUCACCACCGGCGACCUGGUUUUACUGAGAUUGCAACCUUAUCGUCAAACCUCUGUUCAUCGCAGGACCUCUCAGAAGCUUUCAAAGAGAUAUUACGGCCCUUUCCCUGUGUUACGCAAAAUAGGCCCGGUCGCUUAUGAGCUACAACUGCCAUCUUCUUCUAAGAUCCAUCCUGUUUUCCAUGUUUCUCAGCUGAGAUCUUUCCAUCCUCAAGCCCUACAAGCUAGACCAAUUCCCCUACCGGAGAAUGUUAGAGAGAACGAAGAAGAAGGUGUUGACACGGGUUUUGAUUCAGAAGGAGAGGUGAGGCAAGUGAAUAACGUGACGAAAAGGGAUGUUUGGGACUCUAAUAGUGUUCAAGACUCUUUGCAGAAAAGGGGAGAGAAUGAAGUGGCUCAAGAAAAUAUUGAAGUUCGAAGUGAUUCUGAGGCAAGAGAUGUAUCUAAUACUCCAACUAGUUUUUCUAAGACUUUGAAGUACAAGCCAAGUGCACCUCCUUUUUCUCCAACGUCUCAAAAGGACCUAGAAGGCCACGCCAAAUUUCCACCGUUGGAUGCUAUCACACCCAAAUCCGGACCAUCCACCAACAUUGGAUCCUCUUCUCAUUCAACCCGGGCCCCACCUGUCACUCCCCUCACGCUCUCCAAACCGGCAAACCCAUGUGCUCCCAGCUGUAAAGUUUCUGCUACACUAAAUGCUCCACUGCCCAAGACAAGCUUUCAAACACGCUUCCACAGUUCUCCACACACGCCUUCCCUUUCCCCACCGUUGGAUCUCCAACGUUCUUCCUUGCUUCACCAUAAAGUUGACACGCGUGCUGCUGUUUCUGUUCCCACAACACAGCUGGAUCCUACUACCACGGCUAACCCUACUUUCACUCAUUCACGUGACAUUAUUGCAAUCCCUUACAGUGGGCCGGGUCUUCCAAGACAUUUCUCUAACCUUGAGGACAAGGUUCUCAUUGGGAUGGAUAGUAGUGAUAGGCCCAACAGAAUUGUGAAGAAGCCCACAUGGCAGCAAGAUUAUAUUAUGGAUUAA